CUCUCCUCGCCAGCCAUUCCAUCCUGGACUUAGUGGACGUGCUUGUUCCGCAGUGACAGAAUAGCCAUCUGUAAAUCACGCUACAAGCCUUGAGUGAAGUCGCGUUGCGUCUCCUCCUUAAACCGAACCAACAAACUCUGAAUUCGCAUUAAAUAUGCCUAAUAUCGCUUUUUGUCAAACGCCUCAGGUUAUAAUGUAUGACCAACAGAGAAUAAGUACAACUCUAUAGCCAACGGGAUCUCAAGGACUUGAUUACAGUCGCUUCAAGCCUGAUAGUUUGUCCGUGCGACUGCUCCCCUUCUCCCUGUUACGCAGCUCGUAGUCGGCUGGCAUCUCUUCUGACGACUCCCCGUCCCUCUCCUCGGGUGAAGAAGACUUGGUUCUGCUGAAAUCUUGGUCUGCUUCGCCUGUUUCUGUUCUAUGCUCAGCUGUGGCGUUUUCCUGGAUUUGGAUUAUUGUCUAUUAGGAAUAUAAUCAAAAUUCACCAAGAUGACUCCAAACGGUUAUUUGAUCUUUGAUGACGAGACUUUCCUGGAUUCCACCGUGGCCAAAAUGAAUGCUCUGAGGAAGAGUGGUCAGUUCUGCGAUGUUAGACUGCAGGUGUGUGGUCAUGAGCUGAUGGCUCACCGCGCUGUUCUGGCGUGCUGCAGUCCGUACUUGUUUGAGAUCUUUAAUAGCGAUAUUGAGACUCAUGGAGUCUCUCAUAUCACUUUUGAGGACUUGAACCCUGAAGCUGUGGAGGUUUUGCUUAACUACGCCUACACUGCCCAAUUAAAGGCGGAGAGAGAUCUGGUUAAGGAUGUGUACUCUGCAGCCAAACGGUUCAAGAUGGAGCGAGUCAAACAGAUCUGUGGUGAUUACCUGCUGUCUAAAGUGGAUUCCCAGAAUGCCAUCUCUUUCCGAAACUUUGCCAACACCAUGAGCGACGGCAGACUUUUGGCCAAGGUGGAUGCCUACAUUCAGGACCAUCUGCUGGACAUAUCUGCACAGGAGGACUUCCUCAAACUUCCCAGAUUAAAGUUAGAAGUGAUGCUUGAAGACAACCUGACCCUGCCCAGCAAUGGCAAACUCUACUCGAAGGUGCUAAACUGGGUGCAGCGUAGCCUGUGGGAGAAUGGAGACCAACUGGAGCGACUGAUGGAAGAGGUGCAAACCCUCUACUACUCACCUGACCAUAAGCUGGUGGAUGGAGGGCUGGUGAUUGAUGGGCACAGUGAGGUGUUUGGUGGCGAGGACGACCACCUUCAGUUUGUUCAGAAGAAACCAAUGCGUGAGAGUGCCCAGAGACAGCAGAGCUGCAGCUCUUCAGGAAGCCUCUCGCCCUCCAACCAAGCAGCGAAUGUCCAAAAACCAACCACCAGGAGAGACUGGAAGUACAUCGCCUCAGAGAAGACGACAAACAGCAACUAUCUUUGUCUGGCUGUGCUGGACGGAGUGCUGAGUGUGAUCUUCCUGCACGGUCGCAACAGUCCCCAGACGUCUCCGACGGCAACACCCUGCCUGAUGAAGAGUCUCAGUUUUGAGGCCCAGCCAGAGGAACUGGAAGAGCACCCGCUCUCUCCCAUGCAUUAUGCUCGCUCCGGCCUGGGUACCGCAGCCCUGAACGGGAGACUUAUCGCAGCAGGGGGCUACAACAGAGAAGAGUGUCUGAGGACUGUGGAGUGCUACAACCCCAGCGAGGACUGCUGGACCUUCAUGGCGCCCAUGCGGACUCCCAGGGCUCGGUUCCAGAUGGCUGUGCUGAUGGGUCAGCUGUAUGUGAUCGGGGGUUCAAAUGGACAUUCUGAUGAGCUGAGCAGUGGGGAGAUGUACGAUCCACACACUGAUGAGUGGGUUCAAGUGCCAGAGCUGAGGACAAACCGCUGCAAUGCAGGAGUCUGCUCCUUGAACAACAAGCUUUAUGUUGUCGGAGGAUCGGACCCCUGCGGGCAGAAGGGCCUGAAGAACUGUGACGUUUUUGACCCUGUGGCGAAAACCUGGUCUAACUGUGCCUCCCUUAACAUCAGGAGGCACCAGGCCGCAGUGUGCGAGUUGGAUGGCUUCAUGUACGUGAUCGGAGGAGCAGAGUCGUGGAACUGCCUGAACACCGUAGAGCGCUACAACCCUGACAACAACACAUGGACUCUGGUGGCCCCCAUGAACGUGGCCCGCAGGGGAGCCGCUGUCGCCGUACACGCAGGCAAGCUGUUUGUCAUGGGCGGCUUUGACGGCUCCCACGCACUCCGCUGCGUCGAGGUGUACGAUCCUGCCCGCAACGACUGGCGGAUGCUUGGCAGCAUGAUCUCCUCCCGCAGCAACGCCGGCGUGGCCAUGCUGGGCGAAACCAUCUACGUUGUGGGCGGCUUUGACGGAAACGAGUUCCUCAGUACGGUGGAGGUAUACAACCCCGAAACGGAUGAGUGGAACGACUGCACCAAAACCCCAUCUCCCCUCUCUGAGUGAAGGGAGAGGAGGCGGGGAGGGAAAACGGGGGAAACAGGGUUCUGGAGUUUCACAGUGCUUCACUCAUUCUCAAACUAACAGGCUUAGUGACGUAAUCGUGUUUCGUGAUGUUUUCGUGUAUGAACGGGUAUAUGUGGGUGGGGAUGUUGAGGUGAGGAGUCUUCAGUGAAGACUGGCUUAAUCUUAGCAGGUUGGGGAGGGGGGAGGGAAUAUUGCUGCUCAAAGCAAUGUUAACGCCUUUUUUUUUUGUUUUUGCAUAUUGCAUAGAUUUUGGUUUUAUCUUGUAUAUAUUUUGUUUCUUCCUCUGAUUUUUUUUUUUUGUCAUAUGCCAACAUUUACUACACUUAGUGCAUUUCAUUUCAUUUAAGUUCUAGAAGCUAGUCGCAUGGAGAGUUUUUAGAUGAGUUUUUACUAUUUGACCACCAAGAAAGAUGCCAGUUUGAAGUGGUAAUAAUUUCAGUUCAGAAAAUGUAUAAAGUUUAUUUAAGAACAUUUCUGUUGUGUUUUUUUCCAAAAUAUUUAAAGGUCAGUGGUUUGAAGCCUUACUCAGUGUGAGUUGCUAAACACCCGUCAAAGCUUUCUGUCAUUUUAAAUAAAUCGGAUUGUUUUUUGACUCUCAAAAUGAUGGCCUUUUUUAUAUUUUUAUACACUGCUAAUUUACCAGUAACAUAGAUGUAGUAGCAGAGAGCUUACAUGAAUCUAACCAGUGCCAGAUUUAGUUGACUUUUUUUGUGCACACGCCAGAAACGCACAACCAUGCUUCUGCUAACAAGUUUUUUUUUUUUUAUGUGAUUUUUAACUAGUUGAUGUAUGUAGAGCUGCAAUUUACUGAGAAUCCUUUUGUGUUUUAAAGUGUCAGGCAUUGGCAGAUUUUUUUGGAAGGAAUGUUGGUGCAAGAAAUUUCACAUUUGUAACAUUUCUAAAUUAAUAAAUUGUAUAAAUCUAA